UGCCCUGCUUCUGCUCCUGACACCGCUUCACAGCCAGCAUGAAGAUCUCUGUAGCUGUUCUUGCUGUUCUCAUUGCAGUCUUCUGCUAUCAGACCACUGCUGCUCCCGCUGGCACUGACACACCAACCUCCUGCUGUUUCACCUACGUCUCCCGGCAGCUGCCCCGCAGCUUCGUGGCUGACUACUAUGAGACCAACAGCAUGUGCUCCAUGCCAGCCGUUGUGUUCAUCACAAGGAAAGGCCGUGAAGUCUGUGCCAAUCCUGAGAGCCCAUGGGUCCAGGAGUACGUGAACGACCUGGAACUGAACUGAAGAAG